AACUUGCAUAUCUUCUCCAGCAAAAAACUGGAUUUGAACCAACACCUUCGCAGCAACAAAAGUUCAAGAGCUGGUCGCCUUCGUGAGGAAAUGCGCAGAUGCUGGCGAGGCGGUGAAUAUCGGUGAGGUGGCUUUCAGGACCAGCCUUAACGCAGUAUCAAACACGCUUUUCUCUUUGGACAUGAUCGAACCUUUGAAACCAGCUGGAGAGCUGAAGGAGGUGGUGUGGCAAAUUUUUUGGAGAUUGGAAAGCCUUACCUGGCAGAUUACUUUCCCAUGCUCAAGAAGAUCAACCCGCACGGUUCAAAGCGUCGCCUUGAGGUGCUUAUCCAGAAGCUGUUCGACUUUUUCGACGGUGUGAUCCAGAGAAGGUUGCAGCUGAGGACAGAGAAGGGUUGCGUGAGGUGUAACGAUGUUUUGGAUUAUCUCCUUGAUUUAAUUGAAGAGAAAAAUGAGACCCUGGACAUCUCCCUAGUCAAGCAUCUAUUUCUGGACAUAAUCAUCGCCGGUAGCGAAACCACUUCGACCACACUGGAGUGGGCAAUGACAGAACUACUUCGCAACCCGGAAAAGCUAUCAAGAACCCAAGCUGAGCUCCAUCAAGUCAUUGGCAAAGGCAAGACGAUCGAGGAAGCCGAUAUUUCUCGCUUACCCUAUUUAGAAGCUGUCUUGAAAGAGACUUUCCGGUUGCACCCAGCGGGUCCUCUCCUUCUUCCUCGAAAAUCUGGGGAAGAUUUUCCUAUAGGCGGUUUCACCAUUCCAAAGGGUGCUCAGGUUUUGCUAAAUGUGUUCGCGAUAGGACGAGAUCCGAACAUUUGGGAUGAUCCAGACAAGUUCGUGCCCGACAGAUUUCUUGGAUCUGAUAUUGAUGUUAGGGGACAAAACUUUGAGCUGGUACCGUUUGGUGGCGGCAGGCGGAUUUGUCCGGGGUUGCCAUUGGCCACGAGAAUGUUGCCUUUGAUGCUCAGUUCGCUCAUCAACAUAUUCAAUUGGAAGCUCGAAGAUGGUGGUAUCCCCGAGAACAUGAACAUGGAAGAAAAGUUCGGAUUAGCCCUCCAAAAGGCUCAAUCUCUAAAAGCUGUGCCCAUUCCUAUAUGAAAGAAGAAAAAGAAAUGCACGUUCGCGUUACAUUUUACGUAAUUAUGAUGGGUUGUGAUGAUUGCAUCGUCUAUUUACAGAAUAAAAGCGCUACGCAAUAUUUUGGAAAAAAAUGCGCACUUUUUCUUGAAUUUGUAUCCUGGCAAAACAAAGAGAAAUAAGAGAGCAAAAAGAAUUUCUAGUAUAGUAGAUGUACAAGAAGAGGC